AUGAGCCAAAUGCUACAACGCAUCGUCAAUCUAUACAAUUCAACGUUCAUGGGGGAUCACACCCCUCCCUUGUUCACUCCCCAGCAGUUGUUCGCUCCUCGCAUGUCUGUAGAAGUCUGCAAAGACGGCAUGGACAUUGAUACUUUGAUUUUUAACUACACUUCAAGGGGGGAAGUCCUCAAGGUCCCAUCCUCCGGACUGGACCGUGUUCGUUACAAUGAAGCUAAGAAACAGUGUUCAUCCUGGAUAGCCGCCGAGGGAACUGCUCACAAAAAUCACUCAUGCGUCGUUCGUGCGGUUGUGACAGAUGGUUUGACCAUUGGCCACUGGAGAUGCAGUGCCUCAGCAGCUCAGCUCGAAAAGUUGGCCCAAGAAGCUGGCCACCCAGCACCUGAUGGCCCUUGUAGAAGGACAUUAGAUACCGUUCGGAAUCGCUACUGUAGUUUUCACCAGCCUUUUCUUGAAGGUAUAUGCCAGGCACAGCCCUGCAUCCAACCAGCACUUCCAAAUAAGAAGACCUGUGGCCUUCAAUCUCACCUAGAUGCUGCCAAAAAAUUUGGCACUCGAGCUCAAACCUCAACUUGGAUCCAACUGUCCAUCUGGAAGACGGGUCAGGGGAAAUUGAAGAUUUCGAUUCGUUGCAGCAAGCGGAUGAAUCUGAUAGGGCUGAGGAAAGCCGAAGAUCUGGUGAAGAAGGUGCUUCAAAAAAGCCAACACUGUCAAGAGCGCGAACUCACAAUGAUCAACUGGCUGUGGCUCCUUGCGGUGUCAUACUUGCCCGCCAAACAAUGUUCAACUCUGAGUCACCUAGUGCAGUUAAAGUAA